GUGCAUAUAAAUUGAUUUUGCUGCAACCGCGUCUUCAUUCAUCUAGCUGUUGCUGCCGCCGCUCAUCAAUGGCGCGAAUACGGACACGACCGCGGUUACUUCCUUCCUCUUCCAACCCUCCCGGUGACUCGCCGCCGUUUCCAACUCUUCCGUUCGAACUUGGAGUGGAAAUCCUAUGCAGGCUCCCAGUGAAAUCGCUGUUGCAACUCCGCUGCGUUUGCAAGUCCUGGAAAUCGCUAAUCUCCGAUCCCAAAUUCGCCAAAAACCACCUCCGCUGUUCGUCGACGGACUUCACCCGCCACCGCCUCUUCUUAAGCUACAACACCCUCCCAGGCGACAGAUUCAAAUUCCUUCUCAAGGAUUACCCGCUCCUCUCCGUUUUCAACGCCGCCAUGCCUGCCCCCGCCACAGAGCUAGGUUACCCUCUGAGUAACAUUUUCAAUUUCGUCAUGGAUUUUUGCCAUGGCAUCAUCAUGGUGUGCUUCAAUUAUAAGAGAUGUAUUCUUCUAUGGAACCCUUCUACUCGGAUAUUCAAAGAGUUGCCGCGUUUGAGAAAUCGACCCCUAGUAGGUACUUUCAUAACAUACGGGUUUGGUUACGAUAAUCUUGCUGAUAGAUACAAAGUAGUUGCUGUUCUCUGCUAUGAAACUGAUUCUGAUACUGGGGGUUACAAGAAAAACAAAACUGAUGCUGAGUUUUACAGAACACAAGUCCAGGUUCAUACUUUAGGUACUCAUGCUUGGAGGGAGAUUCAAGACUUCCCUUCAUGUGUCCCUUUCACUGGAACAGGAAAAUUUCUGAAUGGCACUCUUAAUUGGUUGGUUUCUCAUGAGUCCAAUUGGUUUAUUAAUUCUCUUAAUUUGGGGAAAGAGAGUUAUCAAAAGAUUUUGCCUCCUGAUGAUGGAAAUGAGCCUGAGAAUUUUUUGGGGGUGUUGAAGGAUUGCUUGUGCGUCCUGUGUGGAGAUGCCCUGGUUUGGAAUGUUUGGCUUAUGAAGGAGUAUGGAAAUCAGAACUCUUGGACUAAACUAUUCAGUGUUGCGACGGAACUAUUGCCCCAUUACAAAGGACUUCGUGCAAUUCAUAUUUCUGAGGAUGAUCAAGUACUGGUGGUGAAGUUCUGUUCAGAGUUAUUUCUUUACAAUUCCAGAGAUGGCACUUUGAAAAGUCUCCAAAUACAAAUUCCAGAUGGUUGUAUUUCUCUGUUCUCAGGGGCCUAUGUAGAAAGUUUGAUAUCACCUUGCUUUUGAUAUUGGGAUGUAAAAUGUAUUUUUCAGGUGGGACAGUGGGAACUCAUUUCUGAAGUAUAUUUUUUGUGAUGACCAAGAGUAGUGGAAGAUGUGACAGCAAGGAAGUUGAUACUAGCUGGGAAGACACAAAGUGAAUUAUAUGUUUUUUUUCUUAUAUUUCAUACCAAAGCUAUUGUGACAAUAUGCCAGUUAUCCUAUUUCUCUUCAAUACUAGUUAAGGAUCCUUGAAUGCCUUUUGUUUGAAACUAUAAAGUUUUCUUCCAUUUAUAUCUUAGACUGGUUUGUUUGGUAUCUAGAAAUAAUUUAAUGAGAGGGGAUUAUGGAUUGAUGGACAGACCAAUGGCCUGCAUUUUAAGCAGUGUAUUGUAUCUUGAUAAUAACCUUUAUAUCAAUUACCAUCUGAUUAGAAUAUUGAUAUGCUUCA